AUGCUAUUAGGUGCGUGGGAUUUUGCUGAAGUGAUUCGUUUUGGAAGGUUCGAGGUUUGGAAAUCUGAUUUGGAAUCAGAUUUUCGAUGACAUUUCUACGUCAAAACAAUAUGCGUCCUCCCGGCUGCAGAUCCUCAGCAACGACACAACGACAUCAAAGAAGAGUUGCUGAAUCUAGCCGCUUUCAUCACUCGAAAAACUGCAGAAUAUGAAAAAGCAGUUCUAGAGACAUCAGCCGUCGUGUUCAUGGCCAAUGUUCUGGCCAAUCGUGUUGCCUGCUGGGAAUUUGCUGUCCAAUUGACGAAACUCUAUGAGGCGUUCACAUUCUAUCGAUACGAUGAGUUUUCAUCAAAAUGGAACGAGAUGAAGCUGUCCGCAGAUACGCCUCAAGAUCUGAAGGAUUCACUGGCGAAAGUCAGUGAGUUGUUCGAUCGAUGGGAUGCUUUCUUGGGCCGGGUGGAUAGCCAGUUGGAUAGGGUUUUUGCAACGCAUUCGCUGGAUGAUCUCGCCGACAACCAGUCUCAUAGUUUGCAAUUGACUGAACAGACGGCCACAACAACAACAACGGUGAAACGACGAAGUACACUGAAGGCAUUCCUAGAAGAUAGUGCCUAUGAUAUGACACUGAUAUCGGUUGUUGUGUCAUUUGAACAUUCCGACUGCAUUGAGCAUACCGUCCGGAUUUUUGAGCACCUACACAACUUUCAUGAGUGCGGAUGCGAUGUGCUCAUGUUGACGAGUGGAUCGGCCGGAAAAGGAGGCGGGUUCCUGAAAAUAGUUGGUGUGCCAUUUAAGCACAUAAUGGACGAGCAAGAAGCGUUCACUAGACUGCUGAAGUGUCGUCAAUCGGCCGUUUCAUUGGCUGGUUCCAAAGCGUUGCACAAGGUACGCUACGGUACAUUCCAUACUGUGGAAGUUUAA